AUGGCUCAGCUAGUUAACACAGACUACCCAUUAAAGGCAGUGGCUGUAUGCAUAUUAUUUUCAUUCAUAUAUAUAUUUUAUGAUAUAUGUACAUCAGUUGGAAUUAAUUACGAAGGUGAUAUUACAAUAUCCAAUCAAAAAUCUAAGAGAAGUUCACACGAAAGGAAUCCAAAGUAUAUUUUAGAAUGGGCGAAACGACGCGGUAAAAUUGUAUACCCGACCAUAAAGUGUUCGGAUAACUGUAUUUUCACAAGAGACAAAGGACGCUUUGAUGGUGAUUACACGAAAUUCGAUGCUAUAAUUUUUAAUGAAGACAUUCUAUCUACUAACGAACGUCCGAUAAAACGAGAUCCUUCCCAAAUAUAUAUAUUCAGUACUCUAGAAUCUUCGUACACGGUGCCGGCUUGCGAAAUACAUGACGACGAUUAUUUCAAUUGGACUUUUACGUAUCGUCUUGAUUCAGAUAUAGUGUGGAGUUACUUCCAAGUGAGGAGUCUUAAGGGACAAAUCGUAGCUCCCAGGGUUUCUGUUACAUGGAAACAGAAUAACCACCCUGUGAAGAAGAAAAUAAGGUAUAUUUUGAAACGUAAAAACAAAGCGGCGGCCUGGCUCGUAAGUCAUUGUAGAGCAGAUAGUCUUAGAGACGACUAUCUAACCAGACUUCAAGAGCACUUAUUCCAUUACUCACUAAAAAUCGACGUUUAUGGCGACUGUUCGAAAAGGAAAUGUCCUAAUAACGCCUGUGGUUAUAUGAUACGCAAAGAUUAUUACUUUUACAUGGCCUUUGAGAAUUCAUUCGCUGAUGAUUACGUUACGGAGAAGAUUCUGCACGGCUAUGAGAAUUACGCCGUACCUAUAGUUUAUGGGGGAGCGAACUACAGCAGGUUUCUACCACCCGGCUCCUACAUCAACGCACGUGAGAUACACCCAUACAACUUAGCGUUCAAAAUGUACCAGGCUAUAAAGAAUCGUGAGAUCUACCUCAAAUACUUCAAAUGGACUAAUCUUUAUACAAUAACAUCAGAAGUAAAACCUCAUCCCCUUUGUGAAGUCUGCAAACGUCUUCACAAUAUGGAAGGUGUAUAUCCAGCUCGCAAAUAUUUUAGGCUAUGGUGGAAUAGACUCAAUGGAAUGAAAUGGUGUCUGUCAAACGAGUUUUGGAACGAAACAUCUAAUGUGAAUAUCGAUGUACGUACCUUAUGUAAACUAUGGUUACGUAAAAAUACAGCAACAAUACGUAAAGUGGUGCUUCAUGGUCAACCAAUGAGAGCCCUCCACACUCCACAAUACUGCCUGCAGUGA